GCCAGUUGUGCACAGACAGUCGUCGACAAGCUUUCGGCUAUCAUGAUCACGUUGCCCUCAGCUGCUGGUAGUAUAAACAUAACUACUUGGCCGGUGCAUUGCCUCGGUCAUAAAAACCGCUUGCUUCAACGGCCGUGCUCGUACCAGUUGAACCAAUAAGGCAUGUAAGAGCAGGAGUCAUCGAGAACGAUAAAAGCGAAUGUGACAAAUUGCAAAGUGAAAAUUGAAAGAAAGUACAGUGAACGUGCGCACUCAAUCUGAGACAUUGUGACGUUUCUCUUCUUUAUUUUUUAUUUGUGUGUCGCUAGCGAGUUUGUGUUCCGAAUCAUCAUCUUAUCUGCAUUUGCUAUGACCACUCCGACGCCUUGUUCGCCAUCGCGAUCUUCUCUGAACUGCUGCCAGUUCGACCACAGCAGUCAAGACGACAUGCGAGACUCGGCUAUUAUACGCAACAACAAUUAUUUUCUACAGCAGGAGAAAUACUCUUUUCCAAAGAGGCCCGAACUUGACCUGACGUUCCGCGAUAUACGCUAUCGCAUUAAGGAAUGGAGCGUACGCAACUUCUCAAUCAGCGAGAAGGAAAUUCUGCACGGCAUAAGUGGCGAAUUUAAGUCCGGCGAAUUAGUGGCUAUUAUGGGUCCGUCCGGAGCUGGAAAGUCGACGUUGCUGAAUGCACUUGCUGGUUUCACUGUAUCAGGUGUAAGUGGCGAAAUUCUGAUCAACGGUAAGGUUCGAGUACCAUAUAGUGAACGAUGGAAAAGAACAUCGUGUUACAUACAGCAAGACUCCAUUAUCAGAACAUACAUAACCGUGGGAGAAGCCAUGACUUUAGCCGCUCAUUUGAAGCUUGGUUACACAAUCAGUUCCGCUUAUAAGCAUUCUCAGGUUUUAGAACUCUUGGAAAUGCUAGGAUUGAGCCAUUGCUAUGACACGUUAUGCGGAAAAUUAUCGGGCGGACAAAAGAAACGACUUGAUAUCGCCUUGGAACUCUUAACUAAUCCUUCAGUAUUAUUCCUUGAUGAACCAACGACUGGUCUGGAUUCCUCUUCGUGCAGUCAAUGUGUCGCUCUUAUGAAGCGAUUGGCGGAAUUAGAAAGGCGUACGGUAAUCUGUACGAUUCAUCAGCCGAGUGCCUUGCUUCUGGAGAUGUUUGAUUCCCUGUACGUAGUGGCUAAUGGUCACUGCAUAUACAGAGGCUCGGUUAGUUCGCUGUUGCCGCACUUGACUUCUAUCGGUGCCCAUUGUCCGCCUUAUCACAAUCCAGCUGAUUUCGUCCUCGAGGUAGCAAUUGGCGAAUAUGAUAUUUCACUCGACAAACUGGUGGCAGCGGCAGAAACUUUACCAACUGCUCAGAAAACGAUCGCUCUUACCACGAGCUUGCCUAAAGAAACAAAUAAAAUCAAGGAACCGCCACCACCUGCCGGUUUCCUGACGCAGUGCUAUCUUCUAUACAAAAGACAAUUAUUAAGCUUAAAAAGAGACUAUUCGUUAUUGAUGGCGCGAUUGCUUUGUCAUCUGCUGAUUGGUGUGAUUUUUGGAUACCUGUACAUGGGAAGUGGCUAUCGAGCUAAUAUCUUAGCAAAUUAUGUUUAUCUAUACGGAUCAUUGCUUCUUCUUGUCUACACCGGCAAAAUGGCUGUUACUCUUGCUUUCCCACUGGAGAUGCGAAUUCUCAUGAGGGAACAUUUCAAUCGUUGGUAUCGGCUGGCGCCGUAUUACAUCAGCAUAUUACUGAUCGAGAUACCUUUUCAAGCGGCAUGUGCGGUGUUAUAUCUGAUAGUGAGCUACUGGUUGACUGCACAGCCCAUAGAAACGAAUCGUAUAAUAUUCUUCAAUAUAGUUAGCAUAGCUGCUAGUCUAACGGCGCAAGCAUGGGGUUUCUUCAUCGGCGUUACCACGCCAAUUAAGAUUGCCGUCUUCGUUGGCCCGAUAAUCGCGGUAUUGUUCUCGAUCUUCGGGUUCUGCAUACGUUACUUCGAUACACCACAAGCGUUUCGCUGGAUGUUUCAUAUAUCAUACUUCCGUGCUAGUUUCCAUAGUCUGAUAUAUACUGUAUACGGAUACGAUAGAAUGGACUUAUUGUGCGAUGAAUUUUAUUGUCAUUAUAAGAAACCAAGUAAAUUUCUCAAAGAAAUGGAAAUCAAUGAUAUAAGUGUGAUCAAUAAUCUGAUACUUGUCCUCGGUAUCGGGGUGCUGAUGCAUCUUCUAACGGCCAGCGCGCUUUGGUGCAAGCUCAAUAGAAGAUGAAUCAAAUAUGAUCCGAUCAAAUACAACACAGUAUUUAUGGUAUUGCGGGCAGUCGCUUUGAGAAACAACAUAAAAGUUCUGAGAUGCUUUCACGGGAAACGCGAAAAUACAAAUAAAUUCCAUGAGAGAAAUUUUGGAAACUAAGAAAAUUGGAUUAUAUUAGUAAAGCCGUUAUUUCUUUAGAUCUUUUAAUCUUACUGGAUACGAGAUGUUCUGCAGCACUUUGAGAAUGUUUUUCUAUCUAAUCAAAGAAAACCGGGUGUUAUCAUCGAAUCUUGUAAAGCUAUCAGUUGCAGACAGGCUUUUUAAAGUACUUUAUUUAGGGAAAUAAAGUACUAAUUCGAAUUAUUUUGUAUUAAUCGAGACAAGACGCUGUAAUCGCCAACAAUUUUGUUUAUAAAAAUUGGUGAUAUUAAAAUAGCAAGAUUUAUAUAUAGGAUGUUCCCAAAAAGAUGAUACCAAAUUUUAAGAAUAUGUAGUAUUUAAAACAAACCAAAAAGUCUUAAUGAACAAUACUCCGACCUUUUAUUUUUGAGUUAGCAUUUUCUUCUGUGAAAAAUAGAAAAUAACUUUUAAAUUUACAAUAAAUGUUGCCCUUCGUCCAUUUCAACAUACAAUUCGGCACGUCCUCAUUAAAGAUCGAACAUGUUCAAAGAUUCUGGAUUUAUUUUGUAUUUGUUGACAACAGUUUUCAAUUCUCUGAGUCAGUUCAUCUAUCAACUGAUGUGGCAUAUACCAUGCUCUUCAAGUAUCUCCAUAGAUAAUACCAACGGAUUUAAAUCCGGAGAGCGAAGUGACCAUACAACUGGACCGCCACGUCUUAUCCACCUUUCUUGAAAACGAUUGGUUAAAUGACGUCUGAUAUUAACGAGGAAGUGGACAAGGACACCAUCAUGCAUGAACUACAUUGUUGUAAAAAAAUAUCUCUCAAAAGUUCUUUUCAAAAGUUCGAAUAAAUUUUCGAGAAAAUUAAAAUAUACUUGUCCUGUUAGUCUAUUAGGCAAAAUGUAAGAUCGAUUAGAAUACAAAAAUACUUGCCCAAACGUUCACAGAAAAACGAUACUGAUGUCGUGAUGCUAUGAUAGUAUGAGGAUUUUCAUCUCCCCAAACGUAUAUGUUGUAAAUGUUAUUGAUCCCAUCCCUGGUGAAGGAUGCCUCAGUAAACAAAAUAUUGCACAAAAAUUGUGGAUCUUGAUUGCAUCAAUGAAGAAGCUAUUGACAAAAAGUGAUUGCAAAUCAACUGGUAGAAGAGCCUGAACGUGACAUGAUAAGAAUGCAAAAAUUGAUCAUGCAAAAUAUUCCACACAGUGUGAUGGCUUGAUCUUUCUUGCAGGGCGAUUCUUCGACAAGAUGUUCCAGGAUUUUCUUCAAUUGUGCGUAAAAUAUUUUCCUCGAAUGCAGAAAUUCUAACAAGUGGUCAACUAAAUUUGAUUUGAACUGUCCGGUCUCACGUAAGCGUUGAUGAAUUUUGCUAAACAUUUUUCUAUUUGGCUGUCGGCGAUUCGAAUAAGUUGCAUGAUACGUGCUACCUUUGAAGCAUUGCCCUUUGCUUUGCCACACAUAAAAUGAAUAUCCGUCAUUUCAGAAUUUGUGUAAAAAUUAGUCAUUUUUCAGAUACACAUAACACAAAACUAGAUACAAUCCAAAGUUGAAUACAACAAUCUCUGCGUAAUUAGGUGGAGUAAAGUCACAUGCGGAUGUCCGUGAAUGAACUAAGAGACUUGGAAACUAUUGUCAACAAAUACGAAAUAAACUUGGAAUCUUUGACCUUCAAUGACGAAACAUGCCGAAUUAUGUAUCGACAUGAGCCGAAGCACAUUUAUUAUAGAUUUAAUUUAUUUUCUAUUUUUUACAGAAGAAAAUACUUCAUAACAGAAAUAAAAGGUUUUCGAAGUACUGUUCAUUAAAACUUUUUAGUUUUAACGAACUUUUAGUUUUACUACAUAAAAUUUGGUACCAUCUUUUGGGAACACCCUCUAUACUUUGUAUAAACAAAGUAUAAGGAUUAUACAAAACAAAGUAUCUGUAUGUAUGUAAGCUUAAAUGAUAAGGACAGAUAUACAUGAUAUAGCGUGCAUUGGACGUCGUUAUUAUUACUACUUAUUACUAAUUAUUAGUACUUAAUAUUGUAAUUUAAAAUCCUAAAUAAUUCGAUAUAUUUAGUUUAAUCUUUAGUGUUUAUUUAAUUUGCGUUUUUAAUAUUAUUCUAUGGAUAGGCGAAAUUGCCUAAAUACAAACAUGUGAAGGUUUUGUUAAUUAAAUAUUUUGCACUCUCUAUUUGCAUAUAUCUUAUCAUAGAAAAUACGAUAUUUUUUUUUGUAGCGAUCGUAUUUUAUAGAGAAAAAUAUAUAAAAUGAAAAUAAAUAUAUUACGUCGAUUUUUCUAAGAGAAA